AUGGACGGAGACAUGGCGCAGCAGCAACAAGAUCGAGCGCAGCGGCCACAAACAGAUGCCGCCCAAAAGACCCGCGUCGCCAUCAUCGGGUCGGGAUUGGCUGGACUCGCCACUGCGCAUCUCCUGCACAACGACCGGGAAUCGAGAUUCAAUGUUGCGCUUUUCGAACAGGCCGAAACACUCUCACUCGACGCCGCAUCGGUGACGCUGAAAAAUGCCACGACAGGCGUCUCUGAGCGUGUGAAUAUUCCCCCACGCAGCGUCACAAGGGGCUACUACCCCAAUCUCACACAGAUGUACGACCACCUGCGCAUACCGCUUCGCUCUGUACGAUAUACCUUUCUCUACGCCGAGAUCCAAGCAACAAAGACGAAACCUGGUCCGCGCCAGCCACAAAGCACCGAUCCGCGGGCGGGCACAUACUUUGCCUUUGAGAAGCUGUACAAGCCAGUGCUGUCAUCCGGAGGCAAUGGCGGCUGGGUGCAGCAGCUGUGGCAGACGGUCUUCUUGGCCGCCUGCUACCUUUGGUUCAUUGCGUCGUGCUUCCUCAUCGAGCCGCAGACGAACCAGAAAUCCAACACGAGCGAGUCGCUGCGCGCGUACCUACGGCGGAUUCGCAUACCUCGACGAUUUGUGGACUAUCACCUGCUGCCUGCGCUCGGCGCGAUAUGCACCUGCUCCCACGAGCAGCUCUACAACUUUCCCGCCAGCGAUGUCAUUAAUUUCAUGACGAGGUCCGCCUUGCAAAAGACGUACAUGACCGACGGUGUCCACAAUCUGCAGUCGAAGCUGAUCGAGGGCGUCGAGGACAUUCGCCUCAGCGCACGAGUUAGGAAGGUGGAGAGAGUGGGUAACGGCGUGUUGAUACAAUGGGAUCGGCAAGAUGGCUCUGGGUCAAUCUCCGAGGAAGUCUUUGACCGCGUGGUGCUCGCCGUGACGCCCAACGUCGCGGCAAACAUCUUUGCUCCGUCGAGCUACGCGCUGGCCUCGAUUCCCACUGCUCCUAUAGAAGCAACCGUCAUCGACCCGUCCUCGAAACGGAUCUCGGUCGAAGAGCGCGGACAGGCACCGUCUGGGAGGCUGUUCUCGCAGCACAAUCAUCCCCAGCUCAUGGCUUUCAGGACCCAUUUCUCCGAUGCCGUGGUCCAGACGGAGGCAUGGAAUUACCUGCCCAGUGGAGCGAUUUGCAGGACCAGCCCAUACCCCUACACGUCAGAGGAGGGAACCGUCCUUCACACGGCGCACUUUACGAGAACGCUGCGCACGGUGGAGAGCAGAAGCAUUGUGCAACGCAUCGUAUGCCGGGGGGACAGGCCGUCGACGGGCCGCGGCGUGAUGGCUUCUGACGACGGCUCCGAGAAGAAGGGUCGCGGGGAGUGGGUCAACGGCAAGGACAAUGUUUGGGUGACGGGGUCCUGGUGCUGGGACGGCAUGGUGCUCCUGGAAGGCUGCGUGGUGUCGGCGAUGAGGGUAGCGGACGAGUUUGAUGUCGAGGUGCCCUGGAGGAAAAGAAUAGAAAAUUGA